GGACCCCCACCUCCUUCCAGGACCCUCACCCCCAUCUGGCAACCCAACUUCCUUCUAGGACCCCAGUUUUCAUCCAGACCCCCUGCCUCGAUCCAAGACCCCCACCUCCAUCUGGGAACCCCACUUCCAUCCUGGCACCCUAACUCCAUCCAGGACCCCAACUCUGGAACACCCACUUCCAUCUUAGACCCCCAGCUCCUUCCAGGGCCCCUCAUCUCCAUCCAGACCCCCUAUCUCCAUCUGGGACCCCCAAUUCCACCUGGGAUCCCCAUCUCCAUCCAGGAACCCCUUUAUGGCCACCCCAAUUGCCCCAGGUGCAGGCCCCAAAGAUGCUGCAGUUCACCCCAAAACCCUUCACCCCUCCACGCCAUCACCCCCCAGGACAGGGCCAUGGGUCUGGCUCCCCAUGGGACCAAGACAGGGUUGGGGGGUGUGUCGGCAAUUUUGGGACCCCCUGGCUGCAUUAUUUCCCAAACGCAUGGGACGGGAAGUACGGAAAAUGGAAACAGAGGGAGCGGGAUAUAAUUAGCCCCGAACGAGGGUUGGAAUCUGGGAUAAAGAGCCCAGCACCACGCGGCUCUUGCAAAAACGCCACAGUGACAGCACCCGGCAGCCCCCCUGCUCCCUCGGGAGGGUUCCCCACGGAUGGGCACAAAGCGGGGGGAUCGUCCCAGCCGCCCCCGUUUGGGGGCUUGGCACCGGCCCCGCUCCCGGGGGGACACGUGGGGAUGGGGAGGCCGCAGCGGGCACGGCCAGGCCGCGCGGAUGCUGGGCCGUAACGAGAGCUGGGAUUAUCAGCGCGGCCGGGGAAUCUGGUUUCUUUGGCCGCGCUGUUGCUGAGGCAACCUUCGGGCAGGGAUUGUGGGGCAUUUUUGAUGUGACAAGAGGCCUUUCUGUGUGCGGGGAGCGGUGGGCCCACGCCGCGUCACCCGAUAGCCCCCGCCGGUCCCCCCCGCCUGGCUCCGAGGACACCGGACACCCGCGCUGUUAUCGGCUGCGGAGCAGGGCUGGGGCCGAAUCCGGCAGGGCACCGCGGUGCUGACAGAUGGGGGAUGCUGGCAGGUCACCCCUGGGGUCAGGAUCCAACCUGGGGCUGGCUCCGUGGCCCACCCCUUCCCUGGCACCCCACUGCUGCUCUUCCCAUAGGGCCGCAACCAGGCCAGCUUUGGCCCCAGGGGUGGCAAAAAGGGAUGCCUGAGGUCUGGCACAAGGGAGACGUGGAGCCCCCGAGAGCAGCUCCCUGCCCUGUAAGCACCGAGAGAUGCUCCAGCACAUCCCUCUGGUGCGGGGCGAGCAGGCCAUGGGGCAGCAGUGGGACUGUCGGGGUGUCCCCACAUCCCGAUCCCCAUGAAGGCAGCACGGGGCAUCCCAGCGGUGCCAGCCCGACUGUCCAGCCCCGGUAUCGGAUCCUCCCGGAGGGAGGGGGCUUGGAGCUUAUUUAACGUCUCCGGCCAGCCCAGCCCGGCACACUUGGCGCGGCGGGGAGCUCAGCCGGAGCCAUGGCGUCACAGCUGGAAGGGGCCAUGGAGACGCUCAUCAACGUCUUCCACCACUACUCGGGCAAAGAGGGGGACAAGUACAAGCUGAGCAAGAAGGAGCUGAAGGAGCUGCUGCAGAGCGAGCUGGGCUGCUUCCUGGAGACCCAGAAGGACACAGGUGCCGUGGAGAAGAUCAUGCAGGACCUGGAUGAGAACGGCGAUGGGGAAGUGGACUUCCAGGAGUAUGUGGUCCUGGUGGCCGCCCUCACUGUGGCCUGCAACACCUUCUUCUGGGAGAAUGCCUGAGCCGGGCCAGCCCCAGCCUCACAGCAGCCAGCCGCGGCACCCCAAAACGCAGAGCCCCCCACACCACCCCUCCUCACCUCCCGCUCCUCAGCACACCCAGGGGAUCCCACGGGGAUCCAGCUCCGCAAUAAAGGCACCGACCCAG